GUUUGUCAGUCAGGGGUUAGAGUCUACGUUGUGAGGAGUGGAAUCAUUCUGAUUGUGCACCUAUCACCAUGGUGGACCUACGUAGUGGGAAAAGCACUAGCCCCUACACCCAGGAGCAACAAGAGAAGAUGGCCGCCUUAGUCAAGGAGAACAGGGAGAGAAAAGAGCKAGAGAAACAAGCGAAGCUAAAAGCUAUCGYAGACGAGGCGAAGAUGAAAGAGUUAGAAGAGGAGAUGGAGAAAAARAAGAAGGCUGCUGAAGAAGAAGCGGCGGCAGAAGAAGAGAAGGAGAGAAUGAGAAUUGAGAGCAGAGAAGGGAGCAGUGGCACGAAGGAGGAUAAAGAUGCAGAGAUGGAAAAGAAAAUAAGUGAGUGGGUUGCUAAUUUAUCGUCGGGUGAAGAUGAGGAGGCACAAAUGUAUGUGCCACAGGAAGAGGAGGCGUUUGGCAGGGCCCUCGCAAUGAUUGAGGACCCCCUUGAACGUCAAGAAGCCGAGGAGGAGAAGAGAUUGGAAUGGAAAUUGAGAAUGAAGAGGGAAAAGAAGAAGAAAAGGGAGGAAGCCACCACGUUGACCGCAGAAGUGGAAAAGGUGCGGACGUGUAGACAGGAAGUCCAUGCACAAACAGAUGUUUUUGCCAAACUGGACAAGAUGUUGGGGUACUUAGAGGUGUUGAGUGAGGCCUGGCUAGAGGAACGACACGCCAAUCAGGGCCAAGACAUCACCCUGAAAGCCAUGCGGUCAGGGUUUAGAGAGUUUGCGCGCGAGAUCGUCACCCACAUUGGGGGCGAAGUCAGGCAACUGAGGGAUAAUGUGGGGAAGUACUGCGAAGGCGCCAUUGAGGGUGCCAAGGCCAUAGCUGCUGUGGAAGGCGAGGGCAGACCCCGUAACGAGCCUGUAAAGCUCAAGUUCCCAGACGCGUACGGGAGAAAGGAGGAGGAGAACUUUGACAACUGGGAGGCCAGUGUCAAUAGUUACAUUUAUUUGCAGCAUAUCCUCACAAAGGAGCAAGUCCUCGUGGCCUUUCAGGCCCUCAACGAUGAAGCAGCUAGUUUCUCCAGGUCUCUUGCACGCGCAACCGAUUGUGAAAACAACCUGCUUGCAUACUCAAAAGUCACCCCCCUUCCUCAAUUCCUUAAGCUCCUGAAGGAGCGAUUUGCUGACCCAACGAGAGGCGUUCGCGCCUCUGACAAACUGCAAACGAUCCACUCACGACAGUGGAGGAGUGCAAGGGCACUCAAGGGUACCAUGAACGACUUGGUAGCCGUGCCGGACCACGGGGUUACUGAACCCCAACUGGUCCAGCUGUUUUAUCGUGCCAUGCCAGAGCCCCUGAGGGGGCACUUCUUUGACAAGUCUCAAUAGGCCGGGAUCACAUAUGAUGUGUUGAGUAGGGAGGUGGUCCUGUAUGAGUCAAAGUCUAUGCUAGUCACCACUUU